GCUGUAGAUCCAGGCUGUUCUCCAGCUGCAGAUGGUGACCUUUCUGCAGUGACUGAGGAUCUGAUCCAGCUUCCACAGGUGCCCUUAACUGAACCUAAUACUAAGGACAUGGGCUGUGCUCCAGUGGUUGCUGAAGACAUGGAUCCAUCUCCAGCAGUGGCCCAGGAACUUUCAAGGACAGAACUGGAUAUGCAGGACUUGAGAAAUCAUGAGUUGCCUUUGCAAGACUUGUCUAGAGAUGAGCUGGAGAUUCAGAACUUGAGCACUACUCCAGAGAAGACACAGGUUGUAGGUGAGGACCUACCAUGUUCUGAAGGUUUUCCUGUGAAUCAUCUGGAUUCUGUGGACUUGGGCCACUCUUCAGAUGCAGAGGGUGACAUUUGUGCAGUGACUGGGGCACUGAUCCAACUCCCACAGGUGACCCUGAUGGAAGAGAUUGAAGACAUGAGCAGUACUCUGGAGAAGACACAGGCUAUGGGCAGGGAUCUGCCACGUUCUCAAGGUCUUCCUGUGAAUAACCUGGAUGCUGUGGCCCUGGGCUGUUCUCCAGUGGUUGGUAUUGACAUUUCUGUGGUGACUAUUUUAAAAUGCACAGCAGGACAGGUUUUGGAGGAGGCUGACUGCCACCUUAAAAAGCGUGGAACCACUUCCUUUGUAGAAGAGAGCUCUCUGGAUCUAAUGGACGGGGAGGAUCAGUUUGACUGUGACGAUGAGUGCCGGCCCUUCCAGGUGCGCGUCUCCAGGAUCGUCUCCUCAGGACGCCUCAAAAAUGGAAAGCCAAUGUCACAUCCUCAGCCCUCCCCACAAGCAGCACCCUUCAAAGUCCUCGUGGAGAGAUGUCGCUCCGAGCCCCUCUCCCAGAGCACCCCAAUGGGGCUGGACCAGGUGGGAGGGCGCAUGCAGCACUUGCUCAAGAGACGCGCUGAGAACGAGCAGGCUUCAAAGACCCUGAAGGUCCGCGGGAACUGCCGCAACGGCGGCCGUCGAUGGAACCUCUUCAAGCCUGGAGCUGAGAAGCUACAGAUCAGUAGGCUGAUCAGUGGUGGUUCUAUUGUAAGUGCUGAGGCAGUAUGGGAUCACGUCACCAUGGCCAACCGGGAGUUGGCGUUUAAAGCAGGAGACGUUAUCAAGGUCCUGGAUGCUUCCAACAAGGACUGGUGGUGGGGUCAGAUCGAUGAUGAAGAAGGAUGGUUUCCCGCCAGCUUUGUGAGGCUAUGGGUGAACCAAGAAGAUGGUGUGGAGGAGGGAACCAGCGACGUGCAGAAUGGCCACUUGGACCCAAGUGCCGACUGCCUGUGUCUCGGCAGGACCGUUCAGAACCGAGACCAGAUGAGAGCCAACGUCAUCAAUGAGAUCAUGAGCACCGAGCGCCACUACAUCAAGCACCUCAAGGACAUUUGCGAGGGUUACUUAAAGCAGUGCCGGAAGAGGAGGGACAUGUUCAGUGAUGAGCAGCUGAAGGUCAUCUUUGGGAACAUUGAAGACAUCUACAGAUUUCAGAUGGGUUUUGUCCGGGACUUGGAGAAACAGUACAACAACGAGGACCCCCAUCUCAGUGAGAUUGGCCCAUGUUUCCUUGAGCACCAAGAUGGCUUCUGGAUCUACUCGGAGUACUGUAACAACCAUUUGGAUGCAUGCAUGGAGCUUUCCAAGCUGAUGAAGGACAGCAGGUACCAGCAUUUCUUCGAAGCCUGUCGCCUCUUGCAGCAGAUGAUCGACAUUGCCAUCGACGGUUUCCUCCUCACGCCCGUGCAGAAGAUCUGCAAAUACCCACUGCAGCUGGCAGAGCUUCUGAAGUACACUGCACAGGAUCACAGUGACUACAGAUACGUGGCUGCUGCUCUGGCCGUCAUGAGGAACGUGACUCUACAGAUCAACGAGCGGAAGCGGAGGCUGGAGAACAUUGACAAGAUAGCUCAGUGGCAGGCCUCCGUUCUGGACUGGGAGGGAGAUGACAUCUUGGACCGCAGCUCGGAGCUGAUCUACACGGGAGAGAUGUCCUGGAUUUACCAGCCUUAUGGACGGAACCAGCAGCGUGUUUUCUUUCUCUUUGAUCACCAGAUGGUUCUCUGCAAGAAGGAUCUGAUAAGAAGAGAUAUUCUGUAUUACAAGGGUCGCAUAGACAUGGAUAAAUAUGAAGUGGUGGAUAUAGAAGAUGGGAGAGAUGAUGACUUCAAUGUCAGCAUGAAGAAUGCCUUCAAACUUCAUAACAAGGAGACUGAGGAAAUGCACUUAUUCUUUGCCAAGAAACUGGAAGAGAAGUUACGAUGGCUUAGAGCUUUCAGAGAAGAAAGGAAGAUGGUAAAAGAAGAUGAAAAGAUAGGCUUUGAAAUAUCUGAGAAUCAAAAGCGACAAGCGGCAAUGACAGUAAAGAAAGUCAGUAAGCAAAAAGGUGUGAGCUACUCCAAGUCGGUUCCUCCAGCCUACCCACCACCCCAGGAUCCAUUAAAUCAGGGACAAUACAUGGUGACAGAUGGCAUAUCCCAGUCCCAGGUCUUCGAGUUCACCGAACCCAGACGCAGCCAGGCACCAUUCUGGCAAAACUUCAGCAGAGAGUGAGCCUGAGACAUCCAUAAUUUUUACGAGAAGAUGCUUCCUAAAUAUACAGCACUAGGAAAAAAAGCAACACCACCGCCACACCAUUAUUUGCAUCAUAAAUCAAGACUUGGCUUGAUCUGACAAGGCCUCUUGUUGGACUCGCAGCUUCUUUCUUAACAAAAGGAAAGCCAAAAACCAAACUAGCAUUGCUCGCGCUCGCCGGGGCCGGGCGCCAGGCAAAGCAGAUGCAGGCGUUUGAUCCGGAGGGAAGAGGGGCUUGGCUCUCAGGCAGUGGCCUUCAAGAAAGCUCUUCCCCUUCCCUAAGUUGCCGAGGUGCUGCAAGAGAUGGAGCAUUUGUCACAAAAGAAGAGCCGGCACUGGGGCCCACUUUUCCUACCUGCUAUGGCUUUCCCAGUGGGAGCAGGGCUGGGCUGCUCGCCUCCCGCGUCUGGAAGCGCUGGGAGCAGCGCGGACGCAGUUCAGACCUUGGGGUGGGGUCUUGACCGAGCAUCUGAUACAGACUUUGAUUUCAAUGCCAGCCAGGAGGAACCCUCUGACCAUUCCAUGUGCAGAAACAGGAGAGCUGUCACAAACUUGACACGUUUACGGCAUUUCUCUGGCUGAAUCUCCCUCUCUCUCUGUUUAACAAGCAGAAAGACCCUCCCUAGGUAAAUGACUUGCAUCCCCUCCCCUGCCUUUCACCUAGACACUAGAACAGAGGAUCUAAAUUCAAGACUUUUCGCCUCCCCACCUUCUCCAAAACAAACACAAAAGCUCAAACAAGAACCAACCUAGGUGCAUCUUUACCAGUUGUAAAUAGAGGAAAAACAAAAAGAGAAAAAAAAAAAACCUACAUAGAGAAAUAUAUUUGAAAUCCGUUUCAGUUUCUGGGCAGUCCCCAGGCUGUCCACUGCAAUGUUCUUGCUAGUACACUGUGGUGCUUUGGGUUUCUGGUUUUGUUCUCUUUAUGCUCUGUCAUCUUUUCAUUGCAGCUACAUUUCAGGGAACAUGUAUAUUUAGUAGCUAUAUUGUAAGUUCUGCAUGGCAUCACCAAGCUUAUUUUUUUCCUUAAGAAGAAAACAAACAAAACAAAACAAAAAACAAGGAGAAGAAGAAGUCUGUAGGAGGUUGUUUUUUUUUUUUUUUCAAAGCACUAUGAUGACAGGGACUUGUAGCAGAGAGAAUUUAAUGACAACAAAACAAAAACAAACAAAACGAAACAGAAAAGGAGUAAAAAAAAAAAAAUCAAGGAAAAAAAAAAGAAAAAAUAAAGAAAAAAAUUAAAAGAAAAAAAAAAAGAUUUUUAAAAUUCUAGUUUGAAGCCAAAUACUGAUAUUUUAGUGCUUUUGGGGUUUUAACAGUAAGAGAAAAAAAAAAAAAAAGACCAAAAAAAAAAAAGAGAUUUUGGUAACCCAGUUCUGAUCCGCACUUGCCAGGUUUAUUAUUUUGUUUAUAUUGGACUGUUUGACCCUGUCAAACAAGUGUCAGAGUCGUGUGUAUAAAACAAAACAACAACAAACAAAGAGGGAAAGGGAAAAAAAGAAAGUGUUUAAAAAGGAAAAAAAAAAAAAAAGUGUUGUAAAAGACACUGAGCCUUAUGAAAAUAUUUAUGGAAUUAAAUAAAAAGAAGUGAAAAGGCA